GAGCUGAGGUUAGAAGGGGGAGUGUCCAACGUCCAUUAACUUGCUGUACUGUAGGCCUAGUGUAACUGUAAAGUUAGGUUUCUGUGAAAAUGGAGGAAAGCAGUACGGAUCAACCACCUGUUCUUUGUGAGACCCCUCAAUCUCAAAAGAAAAGAAUCGAUGACUUAUGUGCGAGCUUUGAGACCAAGUACAAGAAGAAGCCGUUAUUUGUGGCAAGAGCUUCUGGAAGAGUGAACCUGAUAGGGGAACACAUCGACUACUGUGGCUACUCUGUGCUGCCAAUGGCGAUAGAACAGGACAUCAUCAUGGCUGUAGCAACAAAUGACAAUACUGAGCUACACUUGAGCAACAUAAAUCUUAAGUUCAAUGACUUUGUGACCAGCGUGACAUCAUUCAGCAUCGUCCAGUCCAAACCGGAGUGGCACAACUACAUCCUGUGUGGAAUCCGAGGCAUCAUCGAGAGGGCCGGGAUGACCGACGCCCCCCAGGGCAUGAGCAUCAUGGUCGAUGGCAACAUUCCCAAUAGCGCUGGCCUGUCUAGUUCCAGUGCCCUGGUGUGCUGUGCAGGGCUUGCCACCAUGCAAGCUAAUGGCUUAGCUUUCUCGAAGACAGAACUUGCAGACAUAUGCAUGAGGUGUGAGCACUACAUCGGAACCCAAGGUGGAGGGAUGGACCAGUCAAUCUGCUUUCUUGCCAAAGCUGGAACGGCGAAACACAUCGAAUUCAACCCGAUCCGAGCUCAUGACGUAAGUCUUCCGGAAGGUGUGACCUUUGUGGUAGCCAAUAGCUGCGUUGAGCUGCAGAAGGCUUCUACAUCACACUUUAACAUCAGGGUAGUGGAAUGCAGGCUAGCUUCCCAGAUUCUAGCCAAGUCCAAGGGGCUGGAGUGGAGAAAGAUGAGGCGUCUAGCCGACGUGGAGAAGGCUCUUGGCGUCUCCCUCUCUGACAUGGAGGAGCUGGUAGGCCAAUUGUUGCAUCCCAAGUCUUACACCAAGGAGGAGGUGUGUGGCAUCCUGGGCGUGUCCCAAGAUGAGCUGAACAGUGAGAGCUUGAGUCCAAACACCCUCCAUGUGCAAUAUUUCAAGCUCCACAACCGAGCCAAGCACGUCUUCAGCGAGGCGAAUCGUGUGUUGAAGUUCAAAGCCCUGUGUAAGGAUUCAGGCGCGGAGGACACUGCACAGUUACUAGGCGACCUGAUGAACGACAGUCACGCUAGCUGCAGAGACCUCUACGAGUGCAGUUGCCCUGAACUGGAUGAGCUGGUUGAAGUUUGCAAGAGGGCAGGUGCUUUGGGUUCCAGGCUGACUGGAGCAGGAUGGGCAGGAUGUACGGUUUCCAUGGUACCCACCGAUGCCCUCCAGGCUUUCCUCAAGCAGGUGGAGGACGAGUUCUACGCCAAGGAUCCGAACAGGCGGUCAAAGGUCACAGAAAGUUUGUUCGCGACACAGCCAGGCCGGGGUGCAGUUAUCUAUCAGCUAUAGUUUUCAGUUCACGUGUAAAGAAGGAAAAUAUUAGUAUUGUUAAUUUGCUACCAGGUAUAUGUAGGAUGUGUAAAAUGGCUACUGGCUAAAAUGUUCACCAGGGAGUGGAGAAUGUGCAUUCAUUGUGUGCAGAGAUGCCUGAAUCAGUAAUAGUAUUUCUGUUUAAGUAUACCAAUCGCCUAAAUAUGUUUUGCUCUCGUAAACCGUUAACCUAUAGAGUGCCAGGUGAACUUUUUUCAGGACAAUUUUAUACAUUCAACCUAUACAAAAUUUGUUUUUUUCAGGCGAUUGUUAUUAUACUUUAUAAAGUGCUUAGAGACAGCAUACCGGUAGAUAAGAUGUACAGGUGUAAAUAAUGUAUAAAGAAGACAAGCAAUAUUUGGAAUGGUAGUAAAAUCAAGUGCCUUCUAUUUUUUAAAUGUGAUGGCAGCUUGUCAUAUAGCCAACUCCUUGCAAUGUGACCAAGGAAAUUACGUUGUUCUAAUAAAACCUUGUUAUAUCAGGGCUUUGGAGGGCAAUCCAACCAUUGCAAUGAGUUCAUUUGUUUGUACAGAAGCAGAAAAAUAAGAGAAACAGAAAUGGCGAAAGUUUGACAUAAAUCAGACCAAUGAUAAGAAAGUUAUGAAUGUUCGAAAUAUGAAAUCACUACAUCUCUGUGAAUCUCUAAUUGGCAUUUCGGUCAGUGUAUUGUGCAGGGAUGCCAGUCAGUUUUACUCACUGGGCCUGAGAAGAAGCCAGAACAUGUUACGGUCCCAUAUGUGCUGUACAAUAUAAAGCCUGAAAAAGCCUGAAGCGGGAAGUUGUCUGGGCCUGAAAUCAGGCAAAAGCCUGAAGACUAGCAUCUCUGAUUGUGACGUAGUCACUCUUGUGGCCGAUUAGAAAUUAGGUUUAGUGAUUACAAUUUUCAAAAAUUCAUAACUCUCUUAUUGUUUGCCCGAUUUGGUUCAAACUGUCAAUAAUCCGCUUCUGUAAUUGUCCUGCUUUCUUUUACAGCAAUAUGCUAUUAAAGAUAAAGAUCAGUUAUGGUCAUGCGAUUGCAUUGUGAAAGAAACGUGGAAUCGAUCAGAAAAGGUUGAUCAUCUA